UUAUUUUAUUCAUUUUUCAAGUCGUUGGUAGGAAAGGAUGUGGUCGUUGAACUAAAGAACGAUCUUAGCAUAUGUGGUACAUUGCAUUCAGUCGAUCAAUAUUUGAAUAUGAAAUUGACAGAUAUAACAGUUACCGAUUCAGAGCGAUAUCCGCAUAUGUUGUCUGUAAAGAAUUGUUUUAUUCGCGGAUCGGUAGUACGUUACGUACAAUUACCAGCUGAUCAAGUGGACACUCAGUUGUUGCAAGAUGCUAGCAGAAAAGAAGUGAUUUCAAUUUUUGCGAAAUUCUUUUAA